AUGGCAGACGAGUCAAAAUGCCCUGUUGACCACUCUCAACGAAGCACGUGGAUACAGAAAAUGGGAGGUAAUCCUCAUAAAGAAGCGGCUCAAGCUCAGGAAGCUACAGGUGCUGCUGAGGCGUGUCCUGUGGAUCAUUCGGCUAGAGCAAGAUGGAUGGAAAGUGUGGCAGUUUCGACUAAAGGAGCCCCAGAAGCGAUAGAAGUUGACGGAUGCUCUUCCGACAAACUCAAGGAAGAGCCAAAGCUCGAAGCCAACUCCACUCUACCUCUAGAAAGAGAGAUCAGCUCCAUUCCAAGAACUGAUACCAGGACAAACUGGAUAUACCCUUCUCAGAAGCAGUUCUUUGAGGCCAUGAAGAGAAAGAAGUGGAAUCCAGAGGCGAACGAUAUGCUGACUGUUGUUCCUAUCCAUAACCAUGUUAAUGAACUCGCAUGGAGACAUAUUCUCAACUGGGAGAGAUACAAUUUAGAGACAAGCAACCAGAAGUGUGGUGGCAUUUCUUUAACCAGCUUCAAAGGCGACCUGAAGAAGUUGACCCCUCGUGCAUGGAUCAAAUCUUCGUUGUUUGGCCAAGAGAAGCCCUUCGACAGACAUGAUUGGACUGUCGAUAGAUGUGGAGUUGAGGUGCCGUAUGUCCUUGAUUUCUACAGCGAAGGAGAGAAGGGUGGUGUUUUCGUUGAUGUGAGGCCCAAGAUCAACUCUUGGGAGGGCUUCAAGUUGAGGAUCGGAAGGGCCCUCGGUUGGGCAUGA